GGUAUGGUUACCAUAUUUGAAUUGUGAAAACGGAAGCAAACGAAACGAAGAGCGAUGUAAAAGAAUUGCGGUUUGUGACGUCGCUUUAUGUCAAGCUCUUUCUCUCUGCAUCUACGACCGAUUUCAAAGUCCAAAGCAGUGAAUCUAAACAAGAAAACAGCCUUUGAUUGAGCCAGCGUUUUGUAUUUGCUUUACAUGUGCUCAGUUUGCGUAGCUAUUUUACACACAAAGCCAGAUGAAUCGUCAAGUGCUUCUAUUUGAUGGCAGUUAAUGCAGACCUGUGGUUUUGAAUUUGGAACUGGUUCAUAAUGAAAUGUCUGAAGACUGAAUUAACUGCAAGCUAGAGGUCUUUCUCGAGAACGUGAUAUUUUUUGACAUCAUAUGUUGACAAGAGUUUUAGUACUAUCCGCAUAAUUGUGUGUAUAAACAGGGACAGGUUGGAUCACGGAGGCGGUGUGCCACUGGCAUGAUUUUCGUUUUGGAAACUAAGUUAAAAAGAUAUUUUAUUAUCAACUAUUUUCAAGGAACAUUCUUUUUCCUGUCAUAUGUAUUGCAAAGAUUAAUCCAUACUUGCGUUCAAGUACCAGUUUUAUUAUAAAUGCAGUGGUGAUUGCAGACACAUACAUUGUCUUUAUCCACCCCAAGAUUCUGUGGUUAAACGUAACAAUUUCCUGCAGAGACGUGCGCAUACCUUGCUGGUGUCUUAUUUCGAGAUGGAUUUGAAUCAGAGUAUUGUGCCAGAAUAUAUGCUCAAGCUACAGGUCAACCGAACCGGUCCUCUAGUUAUCGCGGCUACGAGUAACGCCACCGAAAACGGAUACAUCGAGUACCAAGUCACUUUUAAGGUCGUUCAAGCUUGUUUUCUGGCUUCCUUUAUGCUUGUGGGCAUAAUUGGAAACAUCUGUGUUUGUGUAUUUAUAAUUCGCGCGCCCGAAUUGCGGACAAAAUCUAACACAUUUUACAUAUGUCUGUCCAUUGCAAACAUUGGCGUUGCCGCUAACUGUAUUCCAUUUACAUUAAGUUCAAUUUUUAUGGGAAGAUGGACUCUUGGUGCCAAUUUAUGCUACUUGAACGGAAUAGCUAAUCCAUUUUGGAUAACUGCAACGUGUUAUUCUGUAACAGCCUCGACCGUUCAUAAAUUCAUCUCUGUCACAAGGCCAAUGAAGCGUUUGAUAACCCGUCGCAUAGUUACUCUUAUGGUUGUUGCGAUUUGGACUGGGUCAACAUCAGUUAGUAUAUGGCCUAUGCUCAAAAGAAAUCAAAUCGUUUACAAACCAGUCGCGGGGCAUUGUGGGUACAACCUGUCUGAAAGAAGGGAAGAAGUUCAGUACUUGAUAUUCCUUGCCUGUGCAGUGUUGAUCUGCCCUACUGUUAUAAAUAUUUACUGCUAUGCGAGAAUGUUCCGCGUUCUAAAUGUACACAGGCAUAGGAUGAGGCGCUCGUCAAUUAUCGACGAGGCUGGUGUGCACGCACACAAACGAAACGUCAUCACACUUUACGCGGUCUUCGUUGUCUUUUUCAUCACUUGGCUGCCUUUUAAUAUUUACUCGUUAUUCUUCAUCACAAACAACGAAGAUGCCAUUCCAGAUUGGCUUUUAGCUGUCGGCUAUAUCUUUGCAUACUCAACUUGUGCCCAGGUUCCUGUUAUUAUUAUCUGUCGCAGCGUAAAAUUGAGAAGUGAGUUUAAACGUCUUCUACGCACAAUUUUUGCUUGUUUAGUUUGCUGCCGAAAAAACGCCAGGCGUCGAUUUUUGAAUAAGGAUAGUGAUCAAGUUGAAACGGAGGUAGAAAAGCGUGUCUCGAUUUGGAUAGUUUCGACUGAGGCUGAAGCAAAUGCCAAAACAUUUACUAACACCUAUGCUUACGAAAAUCGCACCUUUUAUGAAUCACAGCUCUAAAUGUAGUUUUAUCAUCUCUUGGAGACUUAACUUUCCCUUCG